AUGCCAAGCCAAAAAUCCUUCCGCACAAAGGUCAAGUUGGCCAAGGCCAAGAAGCAGAACAGACCCAUCCCACAAUGGAUCAGAUUAAGAACAGGCAAUACCAUCAGGUAUAACGCCAAGCGUCGACACUGGAGAAAGACCCGCAUCGGAAUCUAA